AUGCCCAAAAAGGGAGGAAAGAAGAAGGGAGGCAAGAAGAGUGGCUCUGCCUCUGCUGCGGCUGCUACCAACAAGGCCGCCGAGCCCGUCAUCGCUCCUACCCCUGACACCACCGUUGAAGAGACCGUCACGAAGAGCGAGAGCGAAGCCGAGCAGGUUCCCACAGAAGUUGUUGAAACCCCGAUUGUUGAAACCCCGAGCACCACUCCUGCUGCCGCUGUACUCGAAGUCACAACCGAGCUUGCGAUUGAGACCCAUACGGAUGCCGCGCCGAUUUCCACGGCGGCCGCCUCCAGCGUCGAUGAAGUCCCAGUUCCCGCAGCUGAGGAGGCUCCGAUAGAGGAGGUAGUGGGCAAGGUGCAGCCUUCGGAGGCGGAAGAGACAAAACUGGAAGAGACUGUCAUACUUCCCGAUAUAACGUCCAACAAAACGGGUGCGACGACCGAGACCCCUGCCCUCACUACCCCGGAAAUCGUCGCAGCGACAACUUCGCUUCCUGAAAGACCCAAGAAGGUGGACACAGCUGAGGAGGCUCACGCCAAGCGCCCUCAUGAGAAUGGCCCUUUCACAUUCGAGGAGGAGCAGAAGCCUCCCAAGAUGCCCAAGGUCGAGGAGGAACCAGCAGUCACAACAACCACUGCUGAUAUCCAAAUUGGAAAGGAGAACACCCCCAGCUCAACUGUGUUGGCGAGCGAAACGGCUCCGUUGCAGCCUCAGAUGGUCCCCGGACUUGGUGCCGACCCUGCCGAUAAGAAAUUGAAUGUUCUAGAAGUUCCCGGCCUUUCAGCCGUCGGUAGCAAGGAAGCCGCUGCCCCGGUCGAGACGAAGGAAUCACCUGCAGUCCCUGCCUUUGAGAAGGAGGCAGUUUCUCCCGAAACAAAGAGCCCGGAAGUUGCCAAAGAGCCGGAGACACCCGCUGAAGUCAAGCCUCUGACAACCACCGAGCCCUUGGCUGCCGAUAUUGCUCCAACCGAGACCGCCAAAGAGGAAGCUAAGACAGUCGCUCCUGCUGAGGAGCCUGCUAUUUCCGAGCCUCCAGCGGCAGCCUCAGCAGCACUAGGAACCAGCACUGGACCCGCAGAGACCCCGGAAAAGAAGGCUGAGGAGGCACCCGUGCAGAAGGAGCCUUCUGUUGUCCGCAGCGCCCCUGCGGAUGCCACAACCGGUCCUGCUGCCACAGUGGGUACAGCUAAAGAAGAGGCGAAGAGCGUUCCCCCAGCGCAGCAAGAGCCUGCAGUGACCCAGCCCACUGCAGCAGCGGCGGCUGCCGCUGGUGCUUUUGCUGCCUCUACUGGCGAUAACGCCGACAAGGAGAAGCCCCAGGAAGUCUCGAAGCCACAGCAGGAGACACCAGUGGUAACCAAGCCCCCGGUUGCCCUGGUGCCACCCGAGAAGCCGCAUGAUGUACCUACUUUCAGCCAUGGUACUUCUGGUGUCACUGACAUCGGGACGACGGAUAAGCCCGCCGUUACCGGCAAGCCGACCACCGAGCAGCCUAAAUCCAGGGGCCUCCCCUCUAACGGGCAGACACAGGCUGAGAAGCCUGCAGCCCUUUCCGAAAGCGCUGCCGCAGCGCGUGCUGCGACACAGAAAUCGCAGCAGGCCAAGACCGCUGAGCCACAAACUGCUCAGGGGGCUCAGACUGAGGGUGCUCCCACCACAGACGCUGAAGAGAGCAAGACCACUACUGGACAGGCUCAGGAGACUGCCAAGGCCGACAGGCGGAAGAGUGGUGGCUUCUGGGGCUGGGUGAAGCGCAAGGUCAAGGGGGCCUGA